UAGUUUACUCCUGGCGGGUUGGUCAGAAAUGGAGUCGGUGGGUGUCUGCGGUAAUCACCGCGGCCCCUCCUCCGCAGACCCGCGAAGUACCUUCGUGUUGAGUAACCUAGCGGAGGUGGUGGAGCGCGUGCUCACCUUUCUGCCCGCCAAAGCGUUGCUACGGUCGGCCAGUGUGUGCCGCUUAUGGAGGGAGUGUGUGCGCAGGGUGUUGCGGACCCAUCGGAGUGUAACCUGGAUCUCCGCGGGACCGGGGGAAGGCAGCCAUCUGGAGGGGCAUUGUUUGGUCCGUGUGGUAGCAGAGGAGCUUGAGAAUGUUCACAUUUUACCGAGGACGGUUCUCUACAUGGCUGAUUCAGAAACUUUCUUUAGACUGGAAGAGUGUCGUGGCCACAAGAGAGCAAGGAAAAGAACUAGUAUGGAAACAGCGUUUGCCCUUGAGAAACUAUUUCCAAAACAAUGCCAGGUCCUUGGAAUUGUGACCCCAGGAAUUGUAGUGACUCCAAUGGGAUCAGGCAACAAUCGACCUCAGGAAAUAGAGAUUGGAGAAUCUGGUUUUGCUCUGUUAUUUCCUCAGAUUGAAGGAAUAAAAAUACAGCCCUUUCAUUUUAUUAAGGAUCCAAAGAAUAUAACAUUAGAAAGGCAUCAGCUCACUGAAGUGGGUCUUUUAGAUAACCCUGAACUUCGUGUGGUCCUUGUAUUUGGCUAUAAUUGCUGUAAGUUGGGAGCCAGUAAUUAUCUACAUCGUGUAGUCAGCACUUUCAGUGAUAUGAAUAUCAUCUUGGCUGGAGGUCAGGUGGACAACCUUUCAUCACUGACUUCAGAAAAGACCUCUUUGGAUAUUGGUGCCACUGGUGUGGUUGGACUGUCAUUUAGUGGACACCGAAUCCAGAGUGCUACAGUGCUCCUCAACGAGGAUGUCAAUGAUGAGAAGACUGCUGAAGCUGCAAUGCAGCGCCUCAAAGCAGCCAACAUUCCAGAACAGAAUACCAUUGGCUUCAUGUUUGCAUGCGUUGGCAGGGGCUUUCAAUAUUAUAGAGCAAAGGGGAAUGUUGAGGCUGAUGCAUUUAGAAAGUUCUUUCCUAGUGUUCCCUUAUUUGGCUUCUUUGGAAAUGGAGAAAUAGGAUGUGAUCGGAUCGUCACUGGGAACUUUAUAUUGAGGAAAUGUAAUGAGGUAAAGGAUGAUGAUCUGUUUCAUAGUUAUACAACAAUAAUGGCACUUAUUCAUCUUGGGUCAACUAAGUAAAGCCACUUUAAAGUUGACUUUUGCAACAUAUAACUUUUGGGCUUUGCUUUUUCCAGGUAAUGGACACUUGGGAUAAUAUGUGUAUUUUAAACAAAAAUAACUUCAGAUAUAUCUGUUUUGUAGCUUUGAUUAAUGCUCUAAUGAUCAUAUUGGGAUAGUUUUUAAUAAAUUAGGUGGACAGCUUUGUAUGUUACAAAAUGCUGACCAAGAGUUGAGGGCUUUUGUGUCAGACACAAGCAAGCUGAUUAUGGUUAUAUUGCUUUUAGACUAUAUAACUGCUGUGUAAUGUGACUUUAAAAGUCUUUCUGCAUAGGAAGAUCAAAAAGAAACUCAUCAAUAGGACAGAGAUUUAGGACAUUCCACUACUACCUCUUUGCAUUGUUAGGUGAUCUUUUAGAAGAAUCAUGGGGACUUUUUUUCUCCCUUAACAUAAGAGAAAAAUACACAGAUGGUUUUUUUGAGAAAUUUUUCUCUGCUUUCCAAUUUUACCCAUUUUCUCAGAAGUUGUAACAAAAUUAUUACUUUUGACUUAUUUGGUAAAAAGUAAAGAACUAUUUUUGUUUUAGUACUCUAAAGUUGCUCAGUCAGAUAAACUGCCAAGACUAAUCAGGAUUUUAUUACUUUAUAAGUAAAAAAAAAUUUUUUUCAUCAGUAAAGAAAUUGUAAGAAGAAAUCCUUUUUUUCACUUAGUUCUGUAUAUCUAAUUGGCAGACCAGAGAAUUAUGUCUGAUUUUGGUUUUAUACCAAUAAAACACACCUUGGGAAUUCUUUCAGA